UGAAAAUAAUCGUUAUUUGCAGCCCUAUAUAUAACCCAACAAGCUGUAUACACAUAAAAAGGUGCUGCACUUCCCUGUGUGAUUUCAACAGGAACUGCUUGGGAUGGCUAAAGGAUCCAGUCUCUUGGUGCUCUCAAGUGCAUUUUAAAUGGGAUUGAAGAGGACAGAGAGUGCAGAGGUCAGACUGCUGACCUUGAUGCACAAAUCAGGACUUCUAAAUGGAUGUUGGUGGGGAUGAUGAGGAAACAGAGGAAAUGAAGCUUAUUAAGAUAGCACUUAAGAUUAUAGGGUCACAUGAGCAUAUUCUUUCCUUACUUCAUUUUAUUGGGCUUCCUGAUGUGUUAUUUGUUAUGUGAAAUGAGAGCACUGUUGCAACAAUAUGAUUUGAGAAAAUCGUAAAAGGUCUUAAAAGCUGUACAAGAACGUGAUUUAUUUUCUCACAUAUUCACAGAGCUGCAUGUUAAAUCAAAAGACUGCACAGUGUAGUGUCGAUGACCUGUCUAGCAUCUUUUUAUUGGUAAUCUUUAUCUCCCACACACGCGCGUGCGCACACGCACGCACGCACACACGCACGCACGCACACACACACACACACACGCACACACACACACACACACACACACACACACACACACGUACGUGCACACACACAUAUGCAACACACUGCAUAUGAGCAUCACGCUUGCGCACACACUUGAUGGAAACACACUGAGACCCAGUGGAGCAGUUUGUUUGUUUUGCUUUGAUCCGCGAAAGUAAAAAGGAAGUGUAUGUGUGAUUGUUGGUCGGAAAAAUCCACGGAGUCUGUGGUUGCCUGGACGACCAUAAUCACCGCUAAGUCAGAGAGAGAGAGAGAGAGAGAGAGAGAGAGAGAGAGAGAGAGAGAGAGAGAGAUCAAUGCUCUAAGACAACAAAUGAAACAAGAGUGUAGCAGAGCAAAUAAGCCAGGAGUGUGCAUGUUCCCUGUAGUAAAGCUGUGCGUGCGCGUGUGUGUGUGUUUGUGUGUAAUGUGCAUGUCUGAGCCACCUCACAGCUCAGUACACAUCAAGAGAUUGGCUGAAGUGCUGGCUCUCUUUCACUGAUGGAUGAAAUGAAGAAAGGAAAGACAACAGGACAGAAGGAUCUCCUGCAUGUCUCUGUCCACCUGCUGAUCGUUUUCUUCUUGUUUCUGUUCGGUGGACAAUCAGCAAGUUGUUUUUAGCUUUCAUGCUAACACUUCUGGCCUUUGAACUUCUAUUCAAGAGGAAUAGAAAAAAAGGCUUAAAGAAGCAGCUUCAGAGGAACCCGAGAUAAGAAAGGAGGAGGUUUCAAAGUAGGACCUUGUGCUUGGUUUUCCUGUCCUUCUAAGGUGAACUCGUGGCUGUAGUCUGUUUGUGAGGCAAAUUUGGAAGACUCUGUGUCUCUCUCUCUCUCUCUCUCUCUCUCUCUCUCUCUCUCUCUCUCUCUCUCUCUCUCCCUCUUUCUCGCGCACACACACACACACACACACACUUUCUCCAGCUCUUCUGCCUGAGCUCCCUCGAGGUCAACGUGACAGUUUCUUCAUCUUUCUUUUCGUCCCAUGGAUGUUCCAACAGACACAGGUGGACUGAAAAAAGGAGGGAAAGAAAACGUGCGCGCAGAAAAGCACAGCCGUGUCGUGUAGUAGGAGGAGUGAGGAGUAACAUAGUAAGGGUGUACAUUGCUGUUCCCUCCUGGAGAAGGAGGCUGAACCAUUAGAACAGGAGGGGAGGAGGCUGGGUGAGAGUGACACAUCGCAUCCCACAGGUGGAGGCAGGUCUGAGGAAGAAGAGAGAACAAGAGAGAGAGCGAGAGAAGGGGAAAGGAGGAGGAAAAGAAGGAGAAAGGAGUGUGAGCAGUCCAGAAUCGAGAGUGUGAGAGAGCCAGCUGACCCACAAUGAGCCACUGCAGGAAGAGGUGCAAGCGGCAGAUGACCAAAGUGGCCCGCUUCUUUUACAGGUUCCUCACAGGGACCCUGACCCAAGACAGCAUCGAGGAUGAUUUUGAACUCUCCACUGUGUGCCAUCGGCCUGAGGGUCUGGAGAAACUGCAGGAGCAAACCAAGUUCACCAAGAAAGAGCUGCAAGUGCUCUACAGGGGUUUUAAAAAUGAAUGUCCCAGCGGCGUUGUGAAUGAGGACACCUUUAAGGUUAUCUACUCACAAUUCUUCCCACAAGGGGAUUCAAGUAUGUAUGCACAUUUCCUUUUCGAGGCAUUUGACACUAACAAGAAUGGAUCAGUUAGUUUUGAGGACUUUGUCUAUGGCCUGUCCAUCAUCCUCAGGGGGACAAUAAUUGAUCGGCUCAACUGGGCAUUCAAUCUCUAUGACCUCAAUAAAGAUGGUUGUAUCACCAAAGAGGAAAUGUUAGACAUCAUGAAGUCAAUCUAUGACAUGAUGGGGAAAUAUACGUAUCCCUGCAUGCAAGAGGAUGCUCCCAGAGAGCAUGUGGAGAGUUUCUUUCAGAAAAUGGACCGUAACAAUGAUGGCGUGGUCACCAUUGAUGAGUUCAUUGAGUCAUGCCAAAAGGACGAGAACAUCAUGCAGUCCAUGCAGCUGUUUGACAAUGUCAUUUAGGGCCCCGCUCUGGUGGAGAGGAGAGGGCAAGAGCCUGAGAGAAGUGACCAAGACGUUCAAACUGGUCAACCAGAAGCUACUUCCUCCUCUAUAUCCCCUCUUCACCCAGCCAGAGGACCACCAUUAUUCUCUUUCUUUAUUUCUCCCAGAGACAUAGUGGAAGAUGACGCACCAGGGCUGGCUUCUAGAUCCACUUCAAUAACUUAUUUUUCUUACAUCCCUGCAAGCAUUAAACAUAUUAGCUGGACUCAGGAUGAAGCCAGCUUGACACAUUUCACAUGUAACCUGAAACUCGGAGGAACAGGGAGUGACGAUAAAAGUGAAAGGAACUGGCGGACCAACAUCUAGCUAGAAGUUAUGGCUGAUGGUGGUGGUGUUUUUUUUUUUAAAUAACUGACUAAUUUUUCUUACCGCAUGAUGUCAAAUAACCUACACCCUGUAACGUACCUAUUUACCGAGCUAGUCCAAAGCUUGUCUGUUGUCAAUUGGCCAUCCACAUGUGCCUCGUUCAGACUGCGUGCUGGUGUGUGCACCAUUCAAGUUCCUCCAUUCAGCAGCCAAUAGAAAUAGAAACAGUCUAUUCCUGUACAUUCCAGAUGAGUCUGUAGAAAAAGUGACUCCUUGGCCUUGAAGUUCUUAGUGCUUAGCAGUUCAGGCUGUUGUUUUCUGGUAAGAGAUGAGUUCACCAUGUAUUGUGUAAAAACGGCAGAGUGGAGCUAUGCUGCAUUAAUGCUACUCUAUGUUCUCACUGUGAACGCAUAUACAAUAUGAAUUGUGAACUCAUUACUGCUGGUAGGAUCCAAUAAUGAUAAAGUCAAUGUUUUACAUCCCUUCAUAAAAAGAAUAUUUCGCCAAUUUCAGGCAGAACUAAAGACCAGUGCUCAUAGGCAGCUCUGUAGGGCGUAGGGACCAGCAAGCUUGUCCAUCACCGAGUGUCCCUCAACACCUAAGACACGCAUCAUGACCCAUAUUAAAAAUAUUUCUAAUAAAAUAAUAAUAAUAAUAAUAAUAACGUACAAAUAAAUACUUAUAAUGGAGUACAGUUCAAGGGAAGAGUGUGGCAAAGGUAUGACAGACCAACUAAAGGAUAUUUUUGCUAAAUGGAAAAAUUUAAGCCUAACAAUUUAGCUUUUAUAUAUAUAUAUAUAUAUAUAUAUAUAUAUAUAUAUAUAUAUAUAUAUAUAUAUACAAAUUAUAUCAUAUUAUAUUAUCACAAUUGUAUGUAAUUUGAUUGAGCAUUUUAAGUCAAGCUUAGGAAUCAAGCUUAGGAGUCUGUAUUUUUGGGGGAAACUGUUGUCUAAUAUGAUACCUUGCAUAUGUAUUCAGCCUCAAGCCUGAAACUGGAAUAGGUAGACUGGAACAUUGCCAUCUAUUUGGCUCCACCAUCUUAGCCUCAACCCUGACCAGUUUCCCAAUCCCUGUUGAUAAAAAGCAUUCCCACAACAUGAUUCUACCACCAACAUGCUUUAUUUUGUAGAUGGUGGACUCGGGAUGAUGAGUAGCAUUGGGUUUUCAUCAAACGUAAUGCUUUGAACCAAGGCCAAAAAGGUCAGUUUGGCACUCAUCAGACCAGAGAACAUUUUUCCACGUUUGCCUUGAUUGCUUCUACGACUAAUGUCCUACUUACCUGGUCAGUCAUUUUUCGUGGAAUUUCCACCCGAGAUUCUUGUUAGCAUGAUAUCUCAAGAACAAGUGGUUGAAUGCUUGUAGGAUUUAUAUGGAAUUGUAAUUGUAACAAGACUUGUUUUGGUAGUUCCUUGAUAUGCUCCAUGACAAACUCUGGAGGCUUCCAGUAACAGGUGUUUAUAUUGCACUCAUGUGAUGGUUUCAUUUUAAUUGCAUACAGAUGGACUCCAUUCAUCUAAUUCUGUGAGUUCUGAUGGCAACUGUUUUGCAAAUGUGGAAAAUGUAAAGGGGAGGGUUGUUUGAAAAUACAUAUGCAAGGCACUGUACAGUGGAUUGCACAUUAAAUGUUAAUGUACUGUUAAUGAUAAAAAAAAAAUAAACAGUGAUAAAUCACUUAUUAGUGAUAUAGAGUAGGAGCAAUUCUUUGAGGUGUGGGCUUCAGUUAUGCAGGCAAGUAUUUCUUAAUAAUGCAGCAUUCAGGCAUUUUAAUCAAUAUCACAUCUACAAAUACAACAGUUACAAUGUUGUUCCACCUUUAAGCAAUGAACUCUAAGGGUUGAGUGAUGUGUGACAUUUACAUGACAAUGAAUUAUUUCUAAUCAGCUAUAUUCAGUGAUGAGAGGAGUGGGUAUGCAAGAACACAAUGGACUUAAAUAUUUAAGCAAUAAUUUUUUUGAUUAAUGUCGGCCAGUAUUGCCACUUAAACCUAUCAGUUCAGCCCAUCGGUGUGGAGUGGUGAUUAUUGUUUAUUAUUCAAAGCUCCAAUCUCACACAAUUUAUUUAAAUAUUUAUGCAAAUUAUCUCUUCAAAAUACCACAAAGGAUUGUGUGCUGCAAAAAAAAAAGGUUUUGUGUCCUCAUUAGAAGAACAUUUUCCCUCCUCAAAAGGUCAAUCCAUGGCAGAUGUUACAACACAAAUGUGUUACUUUCUGCACCAUUAUUCUGUUAGCGUACAAAGACAGAAGCAAUGAAUGUAAGGUAUACUUAGAAUAUGGUGUCUUGUCAAAAAGUUAAUUAAAUGACAACUUUCACCUUAUAAAAAGGUAUUUUACAAGUACCAAUGUUAACUCUGUGAACAUCCUUGUAAAAAAAAAAAAAAAAAAAAAAAAAAAAAAAAAUUCACGAAAGGAAGGAAACUAAUAAUGAUAUUUUACAUAUGUUAAGUAAUCCAAAGAGCUGUUAUUUGACAUGAUCAAAUAAAUAUACUGAAUAUAAAGAAGCACAGAUUUUGUCCAUUGGGGAAUAAAAAGCCUCACAGGACAAAAGAUUGUCCCUACAUUGCAUAAAGUCCUUCACCAGUGACUGUUCACAUAUUCACUGGCCAAACAGAUGUUCAGGUCAUUUUUUUUUUUUUAAUCUCCCACACUCAAUGUUGGAAGUUUUUCAAGGAUGUGUUAAUGUGUACACUCUGAGCUGGAGUUACUCACUGGCAUCUUCUUUUGUGGAGGAGAACUCAGGUGGGCGCAAAUAACGUUUCUCAUUUGUGUUGCAUUGACUAAAAUCAUCAGAGCUUAAUGUAAUUUGACAGAGCAGAUAGAUGUCCAGGGCCUUGAUUCUGGUUGGCAGAUAGCUCCCUCUCCCAGUUUUCCAAAAUGCAUUCGUGUUUUUUUAAUCCCCACUUCAGCAUCAAUGGACAGUGUUGUUCAGGCAAUCGCUCCUGUGGAACCUGUUCAUGCUCGCAUGACAAUAAUAAUCUGCAGUAUUAACCGUUUCUUUGCUAGUCUCAACUGGUUGCACUGCAAACAAAAAACAAAACCAUGUAUAUUUUGUACAGAGAGAAUAAAUAAAAUUUAAAAAAAACUACAACUGCUAUGCAAUGA